GUACCAACAUAAAUAAAAGGUAUGUUCCAAUGAUGAUCAGAACCAAAGCACAAGUCACUCUGCUCAUUGCUUAGAAUAUAAUUUGGCGAUCCCAAUAAUCUAAUGUGCAGAAUCUUGGUGUCACUGACUGGUUUCUGAUCCUUGUUGGAUAACACCUAAUGAAAAUGAUUUAAAAAUGACAUUGUCAAUGUAAUAUUUUGUAUUUAAAUAUGGGUUAGCAUUGCCAUCUAAAAUUAUUGUUUUUUUUAAAGUGAAUUCAUCAAGUGAAAACCGCAUUUUUGAAGAUAAUUUAUGAUGGGAAGAUUAGAAUAUAAAGAAGUUAAAUAUCAGACCGCACCCGAAGAUGUUGAAGGUCAACGUCGUAUGCCCCGAAUCCUCGUCUUCCCUGCAGGAGGUACCCACCGGAUUACUACAGUAACCACUCUUUGCCUCCUGUUGACAGCUUUGACAGUCGUCGGUAUCGGUAUCGUCGGAGGUAAAAUCUUGUACGAUCAGUAUCUUAGAGUAUCGCCAAAAUACGAGUUGGACAGCAACUCGAGGUUCGAGGGAUGGGCGCAAAUACCAAUGAACAAAGACUCGUUCGAUGACAAUGAAAUGGCAGAUACUCAAUCUGACGACGCCGAUGUAUUAAUCGAUAAACUGUUUCCUACAGAAAAUUACCCUGAUAUUUGGAACGACGAAGACGCCGAAUUCAAGAAGCUCAUCUUCCAAAAAUUCUUCCAGGAAGAUUUCCAGAUCGACGACGACAAGAAGUACGAAAAGAUCGACGUUCCAGAUUUCCGCGACGGUCGCAGCGGCCGAUUCAUCCAUGAUUUCAACACGAACACCACCGGUAUCAUUGAUAUAACUGGUCACAGGUGUUUCGUUAUGCCGUUGAACAGGGACGACGUUCUGCCACCCAAAUCGUUAUUCGAUUUGAUCCACAAGAUGUGGGAGGGAUACUACAAAGUUAAUACAGAUCUAGUAAGAAGAAACAUGCGUGUAAUCAUUCCUCCAAUUAGUGAUACCAAGAGCAUCGGAGGAUACAUUGCCAACGAAUGCGAGGGAUUGCCAAUCUACAAAUUGGAAAAAUACGUUGGAGGAGUUGUCAAGAGAUCUGCCAGCUACAAUUCAGACGUCAAGUUUGCCAAUUUCGCCGGCCAAGGCAUUUCGCAAAUCGAAAUUGUGAACUUAGACGAUGUCAUCGCCUACGAGAAGAGUUUAAACAACCAUUAGACGUAUAAAAUUAUUUAAAGUAUUAUUAUUAUUAAAAAAAAAAAAACAAAUUUAAUAGUUGAGAGCAUCACUGAAAUUUCUAUAUUUUGCUUUUAUAUUCGUAUUAUGAAUUUCUUUUAUUGCAUAUUAAUAUCUAUUUGUGUAAUGGUGUGUUAGAAAAGUUCCAAAGUGCCAUUGUUUUUAGUCAUAGAAUGACGAUUUUAUUUUCCAAUGUGGACUAUUUAAUUAGAUUAAUAAAUAAUUAAGUGAACGUGUCAUAAAAGGAUUUUUUAAAAGUAAUUUAUGACCGUUUUGUAUGUCUAGUAUAACUUCUCCUGUGAGUUGACAAGUGACGUUGACAUCUGACAGGCAACGGUGACAUUUGAUAAGUGACGUUGAUAUUUGACAUUUGUCGUAUUUAAAUAGUUGACAGUUGGGAAGAUAUUGAAAUAUUGAUAUACAAGAGUGAUACAUUAAUUAAAAGAACUUUUCGUAUACAUCAUUUUUGUUUGUUAACUAGUAGACGAGA